AUGAUGAGGAUGAAUAGAAGAAUGUUUACAAGGAAUAAGAGAGUAGCAGUAGAGAGAGACUACGAUAUUGAUUUGCUUUUGAGCAUCCACCAUGCAGAGGGCAUAGACAACCCUAGCAACUAUCCUUCAGUAAUCAAUAGGGAUUACCGUGUUGUAUUUUGGGUUCACCCUGAUGAUCAACUUGCAACACAAGUCGUCUCAGGGUCACCAGAUCCUUCAUGGAACCAGAAGUGUCGUAUCGAGUUAGACAAGUCCUGGGAUUGCAGGUUUUUGUAUGUUGAGGUGCUUAGGUAUGGAUCCUCAUCUGAGAGUAACCCGGGAACCUCUGAUGGUAUGAGCUUGGUGGGUAGGGUUCAGAUACCGCUACCGAAGUUGUCAAGUAAAACUGGGGGCCGCUAUGGACUUGUGAGGCUUCAAGAGGAUGGGUAUAAGGCUGAGGGACAUAUUAUUUUGUCAAUGCAAUUGGUGAAGAUAAAUAUAACAUAG